AUGGCUCCCUCCACUCGUCCCGACCACAUCAACCUCAAUUACAUCCCUCAAUUGAACCCUCAGCCGCCGCACUCUGGCACCUCCACUGGCACCACUUCGCCUAUCGAGCCUCCGUCUGGCAACUCGAUUCGCUUCCCUACAAACUCGUCGAACCCGCUGGGAUCUGCACCAGGCGCAAGAAUGAAUACAGGAUCUCCCUCCCAUGAGUUUGGGAGCAGACUGUAUUCCAAACGUGCACGAGAGAUCCAAGCGCAGGAGGGCCUGACUCCACAAUUGUGGGGACCACCUACCAGCGGCAAUUCCACGCCAUUGCGUGAGACGAUUCCAGAGUCGCCCAAUGGAGACAGCUUCCCUGACUUCAAUCAAAACAUGCCAGAGGCCGCACCCGCGGCUCAGACGUCCACCCGCCGUGCCCGCGCUGGCACUUUGCCUUCACGCUUUUCUCCCAGUGCAGCACCUGGCGGACUGAUGUCACUACCCUCACUCGCGCCAAAGUCGUCCCGUCCUACUCCGUCUACCAGUCCCUUCAAGCCUGGCUCUGGUACUCCUGCUGAGCGUGCUGGUUUUACUCCAGGAGCUACAAACGCUGCUGCUACAUCAGCACUUCUUUCUCGUCUUCGUGCUGGUUCUAUGCCUCAACAACCAGGUUUCCUUCCGCCCGCUGCCUCUGCUUUCGGCAAUCCCAUUUUCUCCUCUGCUUGGGCAAGCAACCGUCAGCGCAGCAGUACCCUUCAGAGUAUCGCGUCUCAGCCCUCGAAUGGACCCGGUUCUCCUAUGUCAUCCUUCUCUCGGGAUGGGCUUGCAGACACGGAUGUUAGGACUCUCGAUUACCUUGGAUUGGUGGACACUCCUCAGCCUGUACGAGCUACUCUUGCGCCUUCCGAUAUCGAACUACUUCUCGAGAGCCAGAGGACUUCCAACAGUCUGUUGAACAGCAACAACCGCAUUCGCUCAUAUUCUGUUAACGCGAAGGAGAAAUAUGCCGAGGAUGAAGAUGAACUUCAAUAUGGUUACAGCGGCGCCAUUACCCCAGCUGAAGCCAACGCUCUUCUCAUUCAAGAAGCUAUCCGCCAGCAUAAUCAGGACGUUCAGGCAUUUGCAAAUUAUGCUUCUUCCGCCCGUCCUCGUGCUAGGACUGCUGGCGUGCUCGAUGCUCCUGGACGAGGGAUGAUGCGAAGUUUCCUGCCCACCAUGUCUGCCGACUUGACGGAGGAUGCCGAAUACAACCUUGCUGAAGCCGUGAAGAAGCUUCACCUGCCCAGCUCAAAUCUUGGUGACGAAGGUACCUUGGAUGGCCCAACUCGAUCACUGUGGCUUGGCAACAUACCAUCGUCUACUACUGUGUCAUCCCUCAACGUCAUUUUCAGCACUUUCGGUUCUAUUGACUCUACCCGAGUCUUGACACACAAGAACUGUGGCUUUGUUAACUUCGAAAACCUCGAAAGCGCUGUUCAGGCAAAGACACAGUUGAACGGAAAGGAAAUCUUCCCCGGCGCAGGCCCCAUUCGGAUUGGUUAUGCGAAGAUUCCGAGUGCAGCGGCCACGCCUGGUCACAACGGAUUGUUUCCCUCGCCAAGCCCAGAUCCAAUCGCAAAAGCCCAGGCGGAAAGCGGCUCGGCCCACAAUACGAAUGCAAACAACGUUCGUGUUGAAAGCGCCAAUGUGCCUUUGACAACACCUGAACUGACCGACAUCCGCGGCGACAUUGUCCAGAUCGUGAAAGAUCUGGGCGCCACGGAUGACGAGCAGGCCAGGAUUUCCGCUCAAGUCGAAGCUGCCAUCCGGCUCAACACUUACAUCGAUGAGAUUCCUCCCGUUGAAGAGCCCAGUCACACCCGUGUUCAUGAUGCACCGAGACUGCGUGAGAUCCGCAAGCGCAUCGACAAUGGUUCCUGCUCGAAGGAUGACAUUGAGCAGAUUGCUCUGAACAUGCUCCCUGAAGUUGCCGAGUUGGCAUCCGAUUACCUUGGUAAUACUGUGGUACAAAAGUUGUUUGAAUUCUGCGAGGAGCCUACCAAAGAGGCAAUGUUGCGUGAGAUCGCGCCUCAUCUCGCCAAGAUUGGUAUUCACAAGAACGGAACAUGGGCUGCCCAGAAGAUUAUCGACGUUUCCAAGUCACCUGCCAUGCAGAAGAUGGUUGUCGAAGCUCUCCAACCGUAUGCGGUGUCCCUCUUCCUGGACCAAUUUGGCAACUACGUUAUGCAGGGUUGCCUGAAGUACCAGCAGUACAACAACUUCAUCUUCGAGGUUAUGCUUAGCCGUCUCUGGGAUCUCGCCCAAGGUCGAUUUGGUGCUCGUGCUAUGCGAGCUUGUCUAGAAAGUCACUUCGCCACUAAAGAUCAGCAGCGUAUGGCUGCGGCCACGAUUGCCCUCCAUAGCGUUCAGCUCGCUACCAAUGCAAACGGCGCCUUGCUUUUGACAUGGUUCCUGGAUACCUGCACUUUCCCAAGGAGGCGGACAGUGCUGGCUCCUCGCCUGGUCCCACACAUUGUUCAUCUUUGCACACACAAGGUCGCCUACCUCACUGUACUCAAGAUCAUCAACCAGCGCAACGAACCGGAAGCCCGCGACACUAUCCUCCAGGCGCUAUUCUUCUCACCCAACGACCAAGUCUUGGAAGACAUCCUGGCUGACCAGAACUGUGGUGCAACUCUGAUCUUCAAGGUGCUUACCACUCCAUUCUUUGAUGAGCAGAUCCGUGCAGACGUUGUGCAGAACGUACGCAACGUCCUUGCUCGCAUCAAGGCACAGCCCCAACAAGGCUACAAGCGACUCAUGGACGAGGUGGGUCUCUCAACUCGAAGCGGACCUGGUCAUCGUGACCACUCUGCGACGCGAUCGGCGUCGAAGGACAGGAUGGGUGGGUCGCAGGCUGAUUCAAGGAACUUCUACCCACCGGCUGCCGCUGGCUUCGAUCCUGUCGGCCUCCAGCGCACUGCAAGUAUGGACUCGAACAACUUUGAUCAGUAUGCUAUGGGCGGCAACGGUCCUAUGUACAUGCCCAACAUGCAAGCUAUGAACAAUCAGCAACAGCUUCAGUACCAACAGUUGUUGGCCCGCCAGGGUCAAUUCUACCCCCAGAUGAACGGCUUCCAAGCCCCACCUCCUGGUAUGGAGGCCUACCGAAAUGCGUCGCCGGGAGGAGCACCUGGUUUCAAUGGGUCUCCCAUGAUGCAGCCUGCCAACCUCGCCGGCCAAGGCAUGGGUCCAGGUAUGGGUGCGCCAAUGUAUCAAUAUGGAAUGUAUGCACCCCAGCAGCAGCAGCAACAGCAACAACAAGCUGCUGGAGGCAACCAGCGACGCGGAAGGGUAAGCAGAAAUGCGUCUCCCGCGCCGGGCACUCCAUAUUAA